UCUGAAUUUUUCUAUGAAUAGACAUGGUGGCCGUCCAACUAUCUAGAAGUAGAACGUUGUCAAUCUCAAUAUUUGCACUUAAUGUAAAUGUCUGGCUGAGUCUGUUUUUGAAAGUACUGAGGUCGAAGACGAAGAUUCGAUCUGGUAGUCGAGGAGAAGAAAGAGAGCUGUGUGAGAUUAUAAAGAUGGAGGAUGGAAAACUGUCCUUGUCCACGAGCGCGCCAGUUUUUGAGGUUGGGCGCGCCAAGUCGUUCUUGCGUUACGAGGCGAUUAAACUGGCUGGAGGAGCAUGAAGCCUUUACGCAUCGUCUCUGAGGUUGCGAGAGGAGACGCUGCAGUAACGUCCAAAAAAAAGCGGCAUGUCCAGUCCUCCGUGUUGGGCGACUGCGGCGGGCCGCGAGGACGACGUGACCUCGACAGAGAAGAAGGGCUUUCCUGGUAGGUAUGAUAGGCAGCCAGCGCAACAAGAUGACGAACACGAGCUGGAGAGUGUGAUUGCUCCAGAGAGCAGCGCUAGCCGUGACGACAGGGCCCUGAUCUUGGGAAAACGAAAACGUGAGUACGAUGACGAAGAUGUACUGGACGCGCGUCUGCAGGACGGGAUAUCAACGACGCGGUUUGAAACCAAGAAAAGCGGAAGACCAAAGCAAAGGGGUCUCGGAAGCACACCAGCCAUCGCGCUAGUACGAGGUGGCGCAGCCGCAGGAUCGUCUUCAGGAUGGUCGUGUUUCGCGGUACCCUGUGGUUCUCUUUGCCAUUCAGCAGCGAUGCUAGCGUUUUCCUUAGUUUUUCUUGCGUUGUGGCAGAUGAGUUUAUCCUCGGUCUUCUUGCAACUUAGGAAGGUAGCCAGCUUGCCAGUCGAGUGGACUCAGCCUCUGAUGUUCGUCGACUGGGGCCACUUGCCGCUUCAGAACUAUGAGACCUGUCGUCGACCAGGAAGUAAAACUAAAGAUGGUAAUGGGAACGGGAAAGAAAACACUCCGCGGUCCCUUCUGCCACUACAGACGUCUGACCAGGCUCAAAAACUACAUCUUCCGUUUAUAUUUGGAUCCUCUUUCUUCGGUUCACUAAAAGUUCCUGCAAGACCAACUCUUUUCUCGGUCCUGUUUUCCCACGACUCUAAGCGGGCUCGGGUGCGUUUGCGAGUAAGAGAGGGGGAGUCCCGGUUGUCGUGGACGGACUUAAACGAAGCCGAGAAGAAGCCAUCCACUUCUGGGUUACCACCUGUGGACCGAGAUUGCUUAGAGGAAGUAUCUGGUGCAUCGACUAAAGCGAUUGCUGCACCAAAAAAUCCUGCAACUAGUGAUGAAAAGCAAGUAGUACCAACCGUAGCCUUUCUCUUUUUGCUCAUCCGGGAUUUGGAGACGUCACGUAUGUGGUCAUUCUUUUUUGAGCGAGAGUGGCUCCCGUUCUAUCGAGUUUACGUACAUCAAGCCGAUGGUAGCAUUUCCAACUGGGAACAGCAUUUUGCAGUCGGGGAGACUGUGCCUACUUUACGUCGACCGCCCAAGGGCAUGCAGCGGAUAUCGGAUAUACAUGUCGACCGAGGGGGCUGGGGAGAUCAACACCGCGAAAAGUCCACUGAGACGAGGGACCCAUCAUCGACUUUCGCGCGCCGUCAUCGUCAUGGAAACAAGUCAGGUCCUUCUCCAACAGGGCAUUUGUUGUCGGCUCGAAGCGGAGAAAGCGGCCAUCGGCGGCUCUUCGCAAAACACAUACCCUACGUUGUGAUGGAGCGACAGUUUUCCGGCUGGUGCGCAUUACUAUCCGUGCAAGUGGCCAUGUUUCAGAGAGCGUUAGCGGAGAAAACAAAUCGCUUUUUUGUCCUUCUUUCGCAGAACCAUGCACCGUUGCUACCGUUCCCGCAGUAUUUUCAAAAUUUGUUUGCUGGAGGAGACACUAGUCGCCUGUGUUUUGCCGGGCGAGGGGGAGUGGAUGCACCGAGUUCGUGCAGCUAUGCGCCAUGGCCGGGAUGGGGCGGCAGAUACAUUCUCAAGCACCAUCAAUGGCUUAUACUGAAUCGUACUUCUAAUGGCUGAAAAUGUGCUGAGACAACUCAUCAUCCUAGUCUGUCCUGCCUAGUAGUUGUGGUUGUGCUAGUAAUUUUAGUUGAAGCUCCUGAUGUUUUAAUGUUGGAUCAUUCUGAGUUUUGCCUGUGAGUAGACCUGGAGCUUGUUGCACUAGCAGGACGCAGGAGCUCCAUUGUACUAUCAGACAGGUGCCCAUGCCGCCAAGUUGAGUGUUGGAUUCACUCGUGAGUUGUUCUGGAACUAUCGCCGGUUGUACACUUUCGCUCCUAUGUGCAGUGACGAAGUGGUACCUGCGUUGGAACUCUUGGAUGGCCGCGUCCCCGGCUUUGGGGAGUUUGAUGCUGUCCUCGAGCGCGAGGGAAUCAAGCAGGAGUGCACUACAUUUGCGUUUUGGAAGGGCUGUCUGUACCAGGAGUCUGCUAUUCUGAGGCAUUUCGUGCUUGGCGAGGAGGUCGCGCAACAUGGAGGCACAGUGACGGUCGAGUCCCUCAAUAACGAAGGUGAGGGUGGCGGGUCCUCUUCACCUGAUGUCACCCGAAAAAGCGUGACACAAUUGGACCACUCACUCAUGACGCCUUCCGACCAUGGCAGUCGUGCUCUUGCGGUAGAUGACAACGAUUCGGAACAAGUUGAGAAAAUGCAUAAGGGUCGGCGUCUAGCAAUUCAAGAUGGAAUGUUGCAAUAUGAUGGAAAGCGCAAUAUCCUGUACUGCAAUUAUUCGCACCCUUUUUCUCUCUCUUUGUCAGACGCAAGAUUUGACCGCUGGUCGUUGACCGAACAAGAUGACAGGGGUGAACGCCUAACUCGGGACGCUGAGUCGAAUGGUCGAGGUAGUGGUAGAAAGCCAGCCACGACCGGCAGUACUUCUGAAGAUAGUCGCCGUGAAAAGCGAGGAUUCGUUGGACCCACCAGCGGUAUGUCAGGAUACAACAUCAGCUGGGUUAAGGCACAUCAGAAAUUCAUGAGCGAUUACGGAGUGCAUCUGCACUCGCUUCUGAGGAAUUCUCUUUUUACGCCUGAAAUUACAGAUGAGAGCAUCCAGAAAACAGACGACGCAUCGACAAUUUCCGUGAAAAAAGACACCCAUCCGGGAACCUUACUCAUCAAAAAUCGAGGAGCCUUUGCAGAAAGACUCGUGCGGAGUGGGUACUAUUAACAUCCAAAGAUUAUAGUAUUCCUAUAAAUAUUAACAUCCAAAGAUUAUAUUCCUUGUCCUUCCAGUUCCAGUAAUAAAUACAAAUAGUAAUUUCUUUAUCAUUCAAUAGAUGCUUUUGCACAUUUUCCUUUCGUUCCCUGUAUGAUGCACCUGAAUCGAUCUGCGAUCCGAUUUGCUUGAAGAUAUCUAAGGUACUUGCUCGCGCGGAAAAUGGGACCUUUCCCGUUAAUUUCGUUUUGGAGGCGGGAAGAGCAGCAAAGCUUAACCGCUACUACUUUACUGCAGCGCCUAGGGAUCGAUUCGAGUGACCCAUUUGCCGAUAAGUCACAUGGCAGUAAAGAUGAGCGGAAAGGCAUGCCCACGAGAAUACAACGAGCUGACAUAAUUGCAUCACGCGACAAGGCAACUGCGCAUGCUCUCCCGCGUCUACCACAAGUACCUGCGUGGAUGAAUCGGCGCAUUGCUAUCAUAUUUGGUUACGCGCGAAAAGACGACCUUUUUCAGGAUGGCCAGGUCACGUAUCGCAUGAGCACGCUUAUGCUUCAUACCUGGGACUAUAUCGAACCUUUCCCAGCAGCGUGCCUGCUCUGGCUGAUCACAUACCUUCUCUCGAAAUUCGGAGUCCGCAAAUUCCAAUGUCGCUUGCUCUCGUUCUGUGCAGGGGUUCUAGCAUGGGGCGAAUUAUGUCGCGUCGUUGCGUACUUGCUCAAGCUAGAAGGCCGCGACUGGAUCUUGUCGCGUGUCGAAGAUGACGACUUGUAGAGAGAAUGUCUAGAAAUCCGCAUACUAGGCAAACCCACAUCUUCUCCAAGGCUUGUGUUACUAAUUUCCACGCUUGAAUUCGACUUCGAGGACUCCAAACUCGCUCGUUCAGCGUUUAUCUAUGUUUUACUGAAUCCUACUGAAUCCCAAAGCACAAAGGCAGACCCACUUUGCUUGUAUCUAUGCAGACGCAAUCAUGCGAAUGGCUUUGACUUGAUAACAUAACAAACUUAAUCAAUAAUGUUGAUUGUGAUCCAGAUCCUCUCUCACACACCGUGAUAUCCUCCUGCCAAGAUGAAGCACCAUGCCACUACUGAUGCAGUUGUAAAGAAUAGACAAAGAAUUAGUUGACAUCGG